AAUAAUUUUGCUGUCCGAAGAGGCUGCAAAGCGAGAAAAGUGGAUGUGUAAGGGAGGAUGAGGAGAGAACCGCUCCGAUUGGAGGCGGAAUCCGGAAAAAGCUGCCACCCCAGCUGCUGCCUGCCGGUAAGGUUUACCUGCUCAGUGUUCGCUGUGCGUCCGCCGACGAGACACGUUUCCCACUGCUUGCUUCCCUCGCUGUCAUGUGGUGCGGCACCUUUGCUCCACCUCGGAGCCGAUGAUUCCACUCUCUGGACUAUUCCACCCUCACGCUCAACAUCAACGCAUCGUAUGGUGCUGCUUGACGUAACCGCUGAAAGUCGGCCCUUUUUUGUACCCACGCUGGCUACUCUCGUGCCUCCGUACCAUCCAUUGCAGUUCCAUCAGGCUAUGACCUCCAAAGAGGCCGAAUGCCCCCCGAUUCAAAUGGAACCUGUGGACUUGUCGGUGAACAAAAAGACGAGUUCUCCGUCUGUCUCUCCGAGAUUAAGCAGUUUGUCGUUCCCUUCUCCGGCCAGCUCACCACCCUCUUCCUCUUGUAUCGAUCUCAGGCUUCACAGUACCAGGCCAUCCGGACCAGGAGACGACACCAGCAGUAGUGCUGAUGAGCAUUCUCCGCUUUCUCUAGACAGAAUUCCAAGAACCAGUUCGUCAGCAUAUCUUUCCCUGCAAAGGAUAAAGCAAGCGUCAUUUGAUGAAUUGUUCGUCAUUGGCACGCUAUCGGAUCUGAAAGACGGGAAUACCGCAAGCUUCCUCUUCCCAGAAAGGGUAUGUUGGGAAUUAUGGACUCUUCCUCGACUGCGGAGCUUCAAAAAAGGAUAGAACUACAUAAGGAAAUUUAUUUCAAGACAUGGAUAUUUAUCUUAUUUCUCGAAAGAUAUUUUGUCCUCAAAAUACCAAUUCUGGAACUGAAAAAAAGGGGAAGUUGCAUUUGAAGUCGAUUUUAUGGAAGUAAAUCAGCAGAAAGCUGAGUGGCUCUAUAGAGGUUAUAUCAAUGUCUCAUUGUUCAUAGACUUUUAGUCACCGAUCUCAUCUCGAAUUUGAAGUUCAGUCGCUUAUGGUUUAAGUUUAAGAUCAUGGAAAGCUUCUCUAAAAUUCCCUUUAGGAUCUUGCAUCAAAAGCUGCACACACAAUGAGCGUUGUUCACUAGAUGCAUCAGUGUCUUCUCAAAAUCUCAAGCUACAACUCAUGGACUUUGGAUGUGCAAUUAAAAUUUAGUGCAUUGUGCAAUAAAAUUUUAGCUUUUGUCCUCUUUAUUUUACUAAUAGUUCAAGUAUUUUUUUGUCAUCGAUAAUGAUCCAUGUUGAUCACAUGGAUCACUUGUGCUCUGGUGCUCCAUCGUGUUUCAUAUUCACGUUAAAGCUCCAUUAUUGUUUCAGAAUCACUAGAUAUUUGA